AUGGUUUACGAUCUAGGCCUCAGCAUGGAAUCAGCAAACAAUAUAAAGGGCAAAUGUUUGGUAGAACUGCGCAGAUUUCCUUUCGAGGAAUAUCCUUCUUAUGUUGGGAACUUGAAAGAAUACAGAUGGAAAUCUCUCGUUAUGGCGAUGGCAUUGAAAGAAUUUGGCGCAAUAUGGUAUAUGGACAGUUCCGUACGAUGGCUAGAGGAUUCACGUCAAAUGGUUUAUAAAGAAGUAAUGUGUCGAUUAUAUUCCUACUUGCCCACAGACAUUGAAGCACUGAAAACAGAACGCUGCUAUGAUGCUGCUUUUGCCUUCAUUGCCAAAACUGUAGAAGCUUCCGAGCUUAUGAGAUGGUAUGUCUUGUGCGCUCUCGAAAAAGAUUGUAUGGGACCCCCUGAAGCACAACUGGCUUGUUCUUUCGCAAAAGAUAAGCUCAGAAUCUAUGCAAACUGCCACAGAUAUGAUCAAUCGGUGAUCAACAUACUACUUGCUAAUGCUUAUGACUAUAAGGCUAACAACUACGUUGUACGCAUCAUCAGAAAUGGACGAGAAAGUGUAGUAUUGCAUCGGUAUCCGGAAAAUAACCUUACUGCGAGCAAUUUUUCUUGCUCUUCCGAGUUGCAUGUGCAUUAA